CAACCUCUCUCCUUCUCAUCGUCUCCAUUCCACUGUAAAAUCUUCACCCAACUCUAACAAUCCCUCCGUCCCAGAGUUUGCUUACACAUGGGGUCCGGUACAUCGAAGCUUCCCGACAGCGCCGCCUCCCACGGCGGCGCCCAGCUCUUCGUGUCUCUGAAAAUGGAGAACUUCGACCUCAAGCUCAAACCCGACCUCCUCCCUCACGUCUUCGGCUCCGUCCCUCUCGUCGGCUCCUGGGACUCCUCCAAAGCCCUUCAAAUGGUGCUCGAAUCGGCCUCCACCUGGGAAUUGAGCUUCGUAGUGCCGCCAAAUCAUGAGACAUUGGAUUUCAAGUUCUUGCUAAAGCCGAAGCAUAACUGUGGACCGUGUUUAGUUGAGGAGGGUGUGAACCGUGUGUUAACUGGGGGAGCAUUGCAAGGGGAUGGCCGGUCUGCUCUGUUUAAGUUGAAUGAAGAAGAGGUUAUUGAGUUCAAAGUUUACAUUAAGGCUGAUAGGGUGUCUCCGUUUGACCUUGCUGCCAGUUGGAGGGCUUUUCAGGAGAAUCGCAAGCCUUCAGCUGUUCGAGGGAUACCAGAUGUUUGUAUCAACUCCAGUGAGGAGAUUGGCAAUGAGAAUGGAUAUUCGUCAAGUCUAGAACUUGAUCUUGAGCAUUAUGUGGUUCCCCCUCCGGCUGCAUCUGCAAACUCUUCCCUGGUUUAUGCUGCAAAUCUGACAGAGACUCCCAGGUCAAUGAAAGGUAAUGGGGUAAUUUCCUGUACCAAUGGUGAUAAUAGUGGCUGGCAUUCAUACCAAGAUGACCGUGCUUCGAAUGAUCAGCCUGCAACGGUAAAGGAGGAUGAAGAACUUUUUCCAGAAGUGUUGAGAGUGCCUUCAGGUUCUGGAAUUGUUGAGUCAAAUUCUGUAGGAACAGGUUCUGCUUCUCAAAAGCAAGAAUGUUGUGGAAGCUUCCUUGUGGAUAGGGGUGUGGGGUUCCCGAGACUAGUGAAAUCAGCUAGCACAUUCACUAUUGACCUAAAGCUUAAUUCAGAAACCAAGAAUCGAAUGCCAGCUGCGGCAGGAGCUGUAGCAGCUGCAGCAAUAGCAGAUCAGAUGCUUUGGCCCAAGGAGGAUAGACAUCUAGCAAUUGUCCUGGUUGGCUUGCCAGCUCGUGGAAAAACAUUUACUGCAGCUAAACUUACUAGAUAUCUUCGAUGGUUAGGGCACCAGACCAAGCAUUUCAAUGUUGGGAAGUAUCGGCGUCUCAAACAUGGAACCAAUCAGUCUGCUGAUUUUUUCCGAGGUGAUAAUCCUGAAGGCUUGGAGGCACGAAAUGAGGUAGCUGCCCUUGCCAUGGAAGACAUGAUAGCUUGGAUGCAAGAGGGCGGACAGGUGGGGAUAUUUGAUGCAACAAACAGUACGAGGAGCAGAAGGAAUAUGCUUAUGAAAAUGGCUGAGGGAAAAUGCAAGAUGAUUUUCCUGGAAACAAUCUGUAAUGAUCCAAAAAUAAUUGAAAGAAACAUACGUCUCAAAGUUCAACAAAGCCCAGAUUAUGCUGAAGAAACAGAUUUUGAAGCUGGAUAUAAGGAUUUCAAAAGUCGACUAGAUAACUAUGAGGAAGUGUAUGAGCCAGUGGAAGAAGGAUCUUAUAUAAAAAUGAUUGAUAUGGUGAGUGGCAAAGGCGGGCAAAUACGAGUCAACAAUAUUAGUGGCUAUCUUCCAGGGCGAAUUGUCUUUUUCUUGGUAAAUACACAUCUGACACCCCGUCCAAUAUUGCUAACUAGGCAUGGAGAGAGUCUAGACAAUGUAAGAGGCAGAAUAGGGGGCGACACUGUUAUAAGUGAUAAAGGGAAGCUUUACUCAAAGAAACUUGCUAAUUUUAUUCAGAAGAGGCUGAAAAGUGAGAGGGCUGCUACUAUAUGGACUAGCACAUUGCAAAGAACAAUUAUGACAGCUAACUCAAUUGUUGGAUUUCCCAAGAUACAAUGGCGCGCUCUUGAUGAGAUAAAUGCUGGUGUAUGCGAUGGAAUGACAUAUGAUGAAAUAAAGAAAAAUAUGCCUGAAGAAUAUGAGUCACGCAAAAAGGACAAAUUGAGGUAUAGAUAUCCACGAGGGGAAUCGUACCUGGAUGUUAUCCAAAGGUUGGAGCCUGUUAUUAUAGAGCUUGAACGACAACGAGCACCUGUUGUUGUGAUAUCUCACCAAGCAGUAUUGCGAGCUUUGUAUGCUUAUUUCGCUGACAGGCCACUCAACGAAAUUCCACACAUAGAGGUAAAUUCAUUGAUGUUUCUUCACUAAUCAUGUGUCUGACUUACAUUCUUAACUCUAAAGAAUUAUCCAAAAGUUUGAGGCCUGUUUGGUUUGGCGGGGUAUCAUAUUGGUUUGGUUAGCAGUUUUUUGAUAUUCAAACCCAUUGUUAUUCUUCAUACUCGUAAUAUUGAUACCGUACCUCCCCUUCUGGCAUAAACCAUACAUUCCUCAUUCCAACCAGAAGGGCUUUGCUGUUUUUUCCUUCUGCAACGACAAACAAGCCCAAGGUUCUUAAAAUCUUACUGUAAUUUUUCCAAAAAAAAUUCUUUGGAAUCUA